CAAAACGACGCUCCUCGCUGCACUCUUCGGUCGUCCACGGACCUAGAGUGUUCGUUCUAUUCACCGAGCGGUGUGUGGUCAGCGUGUUGUAUCUCUGCGAUUAUAAUCGACGUGUCGUCGGUGAGAAUCAGUGCGAUCAAGGAAGUAAGGAUCAGGAUGUGGCGCGAUCCUCCAGGAGGUGGGUUUCAAAUACCCACCUACGUCGCAACGAUGUUGCUAUUGGCUCUCUUUGCAUUAACGAACGUGGCUUACGCUGAGGAUGAAUCUAUGGGACCGGUAUUUGUCAAGGAACCACCAAACCGAAUUGACUUCUCAAACGGAACCGGAGCUGUCGUCGAAUGCCAGGCACGAGGAAACCCCCAACCGGAUAUCAUCUGGGUCCGCGCCGACGGAAGUGCUGUAGGGGACGUUCCUGGGCUCCGCCAGGUAUUGCCGAACGGAAACUUGGUCUUCCCGCCUUUCCGCGCCGAGGAUUAUCGUCAAGAGGUUCAUGCUCAGGUUUACAGCUGUUUGGCACGAUCGCCGGCAGGUUCGGUUCAUAGCCGAGACGUUAACGUGAGAGCCGUGGUGGCGCAGUACUACGACACAGACGUGAACAAGGAGUACGCGAUCCGUGGAAACAGUGCCAUUUUGAAGUGCGUCGUUCCGUCCUUCGUCGCCGAUUUCGUCAAGGUUCUGUCCUGGCAUACCGAUCAGGGAGAGGAGUUCAUACUUGGAGACGAUUACGACGGGAAAUACUUGGUGCUGCCUUCCGGUGAACUCCACAUUCGCGACGUUGGACCCGAGGAUGGAUACAAGACCUACCAGUGCCGUACCAAGCAUAGACUCACCGGAGAAACAAGAUUAUCCGCCACGAAGGGACGUCUCGUCAUUACCGAGCCGGUCGGCAGCGUCAGGCCGAAAUUCCCGACCAUCGACGACUCCAGGAGUUUCCGAACGGUCCAGGACGGCUCGGCCACCCUCCUCUGCCCCGCUCAGGGGUUCCCUGUCUUGGUGUUCAAAUGGUACAAGUUCAUCGAAGGCUCGUCUCGUCGUCAACCGGUGCAGCUGAACGAUCGCGUUCGCCAGGUCAGCGGUACACUGAUCAUCCGUGAGGCUCGUGUCGAGGAUUCCGGCAAAUACCUGUGCAUCGUGAACAACUCUGUGGGCGGUGAGAGCGUGGAGACCGUGUUGACAGUGACAGCCCCGUUGGCAGCAGAAAUCGAGCCCAGCACCCAGACCAUCGACUUUGGUAGACCAGCCACCUUCACCUGCAACGUUAGAGGAAACCCCAUUAAGACGAUCUCGUGGCUGAAGGACGGCAAACCCCUUGGACUGGAGGAACCCGUGCUCAGGAUCGAGAGCGUGAAGAAGGAGGACAAGGGAAUGUAUCAGUGCUUCGUCAGAAACGACCAGGAAAGCGCCCAGGCAACGGCUGAGCUCAAACUAGGCGGCAGAUUCGAACCCCCGCAGAUCCGUCAGGCCUUCGCCGAGGAGACUCUUCAACCCGGACCGAGCAUGUUCUUGAAGUGUGUCGCCAGUGGAAACCCAACUCCUGAAAUUACCUGGGAACUCGAUGGCAAACGGCUAUCCAACACCGAGAGGCUUCAAGUAGGACAGUACGUUACGGUGAAUGGCGACGUGGUUUCUCACCUGAACAUCUCCAGCAUUCACACCAACGAUGGUGGACUCUACAAAUGUAUCGCCGCGUCAAAGGUUGGAUCCGCCGAACACUCCGCUCGUCUGAACGUCUACGGUCUGCCCUUCAUCCGCCACAUGGACAAAAAAGCUAUCGUCGCAGGUGAAACUCUUCGUGUGACUUGCCCCGUCGCCGGAUAUCCGAUCGAGAGCAUUGUAUGGGAACGAGACACCAGAGUUCUACCGAUCAACAGGAAACAGAAGGUCUUCCCCAACGGCACUCUUAUCAUCGAGAACGUCGAUAGAAUGAGCGAUCAGGCCACCUACACCUGUGUUGCACGCAACGCCCAAGGAUACAGCGCAAGAGGAACACUCGAAGUCCAAGUUAUGGUCAUUCCGACAUUAGUGCCGUUCUCGUUCGGCGAGAAACCGCUUAACUCCGAUCAGGUAGUAACGGUACCGUGCGCCGUGCUCGAGGGCGAUCCACCCUUGAAGCUCCGCUGGACCUUAAACGGUCAUACGAUUUCGCCGCACUCUGGAAUCUCGAUCGUGGAUCUCGGCGGACGGGGCGCCAUACUCAGCAUAGGAUCCGUCCAGGCGACGCACGCUGGAACGUACACGUGUAUCGCGGAAAACCGUGCCGGAAGGCACGAGCUUUCGGCCGAUCUGGUUGUCAACGUACCACCCCGUUGGAUUCUGGAACCCACCGAUAAGGCAUUCGCUCAAGGCUCCGAUGCUCGCGUUGAAUGCAAAGCCGACGGUUUCCCCAAGCCUCAAGUCACCUGGAAGAGAGCAGCUGGGGAUACGCCGGGCGAUUACACCGACUUGAAACUGAGCAACCCGGACAUUAGCGUGGAGGAUGGAACCCUGUCGAUCAACAACAUCCAGAAGACGAACGAGGGCUACUAUCUUUGCGAGGCUGUAAACGGAAUUGGCUCCGGACUCUCUGCUGUGAUUCUCAUCUCCGUUCAGGCUCCACCCCACUUCGAGAUCAAACUGAAGAACCAAACUGCAAGACGCGGGGAACCGGCUGUACUGCAAUGCGAGGCUCAAGGCGAGAAACCGAUCGGCAUUUUGUGGAACAUGAACAACAAGAGACUGGACCCGAAGAGCGAUUCCCGUUACACGAUUCGAGAGGAAAUUUUGGCCAACGGUGUAUUGUCUGACCUGAGCAUCAAGAGAACCGAACGUAGCGACUCCGCCCUGUUCACCUGCGUUGCCACCAACGCUUUUGGAAGCGACGAUACCAGCAUCAACAUGAUCGUUCAAGAGGUACCCGAAGUUCCGUACGGCCUUAAAGUUCUCGACAAAUCCGGACGAUCGGUUCAACUGUCCUGGGCAGCACCCUACGACGGCAACAGCCCCAUGAAACGCUAUGUGAUCGAAUACAAAAUCAGCAAAGGUUCCUGGGACAUCGACAUCGACAGAGUACUCGUACCUGGAUCCCAACAGAACGUAGCUGGCGUUUUCAAUCUGAGACCUGCGACCACCUAUCACCUGAGAAUCGUUGCUGAGAACGAAAUUGGCGCAUCCGAUCCUUCUGACACCGUCACGAUCAUCACUGCCGAGGAAGCACCCGGUGGCCCACCAACCUCUGUUCGCGUCGAUGCCCUUGACCAGCACACUCUUAAGGUAACAUGGAAACCACCCCCGCGCGAGGACUGGAACGGCGAGAUUCUGGGAUACUACGUUGGCUACAGACUAUCUUCCUCCGAGAAACCCUACAUGUUCGAAACCGUUGACUUCUCGAAAGAGGAUGGAAAGGAACAUCACUUGCAGAUCAUGAAUCUUAAGACUUACACCCAGUACAGCGUGGUCGUUCAAGCCUUCAACAAAGUUGGAUCCGGACCGAUGAGCGAGGAACGUAGACAGCACACCGCCGAAGGAGUACCCGAACAACCUCCCCACGACACCACCUGCACCACCCUCACGUCUCAGACUAUCAGAGUAUCAUGGAUGUCACCGCCCCUCAGCGCUGCUAACGGAGUAAUCACUGGAUACAAAGUUAUUUACGGACCGUCCGACAGCUGGUACGACGAGAACACGAAGGACACCAAGAUCACCUCCUCCAGCGAAACGAUUCUGCACGGACUUAAGAAGUAUACAAACUACAGCAUGCAAGUCUUGGCAUUCACCUCUGGCGGCGACGGCGUAAAAUCUGCACCUAUCCACUGCCAAACCGAACAAGACGCUCCCGAAGCACCGAUCGCGAUCAAAGCUCUGGUUAUGUCCGCCGAAUCCAUCCUCGUCUCGUGGCGCCCACCCAGCCAGCCCAACGGAGUGAUCGCUCAGUAUACCGUUUACACAAAGGCAGACAACAUGGAGGAACCUACUAGCCAGAAAGUACCACCGAACCAACUGACACACGAGGCGUCUGGACUGGACAAGCAACGUAGAUACGAUUUCUGGGUGACCGCCAGCACAAACAUCGGCGAGGGCGAGGCUUCCAAGAUCGUGGCAUUGGCACCGAGUGUUCGAGUACCCGCAAAGAUCGCAUCCUUCGACGACAAAUUCACGGCUACCUACAAAGAAGACGUCAAACUGCCCUGUCUCGCUGUCGGAGUGCCCGCGCCGGAAGUGACAUGGAAAGUACGAGGAGCCGUUCUCCAAUCGAGCGACAGACUGCGUCAGCUGCCCGAGGGAUCCCUGUUCAUCAAGGAAGUCGACCGUACCGAUGCUGGAGAAUACUCUUGCUACGUUGAAAACUCUUUUGGCCACGACACCGUCACUCAUCAGCUGAUCGUCCACGCUCCACCUCACUCCCCGCAAGUCACGCUCACCGCCACGACCACCAACUCGUUGACGAUGAAACUCCGACCUCAUCCCACCGACAACGCUCCGAUCCACGGAUACACCAUUCACUACAAACCCGAAUUCGGCGACUGGGAAACCGCUCAAAUCAGCUCGACCGCUCAGAAAUACACAUUGGAGAAUCUGUGGUGUGGCUCGCGAUACCAGAUCUACGUCACUGCAUACAACGGAAUUGGAACCGGCGACCCGUCCGACAUGUUGAACACGCGCACCAAAGGCUCGAAACCGAUCAUCCCGGAGGCGGCUAGAUUCAUCGAGGUAUCCACGAACAGCAUCACCCUUCACCUGAGCGCCUGGUCCGACGGUGGCUGCCCCAUGUUGUACUUCGUCGUCGAGCACAAGAAAAAGCACCAACAGGAAUGGAAUCAGGUCUCGAACAACGUGAAACCCGGCGGAAACUUUGUCGUUUUGGAUCUGGACCCGGCUAGCUGGUAUCACUUGCGCGUCACCGCUCACAACAACGCUGGCUUUGCCGUGGCCGAGUACGAAUUCGCUACACUGACCGUAACUGGAGGCACCAUUGCACCGGCCCGCGAGCUACCCGACGUAAACGGUGGUGGCAACGACGAGGAUCCGAUGAAAAUUUUCAUGGCGAACUUAAAUCUGGUCGUGCCAGUGGUAGCAGCCAUUCUCGUUAUAAUCGUUGCCGUCAUCGUGAUCUGCGUUCUCAGAGGAAAGGGCCAUGACGACGUGGUAUACCAACAAACCGGAGUAGGCGGUGCUACCCUCGACAAACGCAGACCCGAUCUUCGCGACGAGCUUGGCUACAUCGCACCACCGAACCGCAAGUUACCACCCGUACCCGGAUCCAACUAUAACACCUGCGAUCGCAUCAAGCGAGGUACAGUGAUAAGCAUGGAGGAUGAAAUUUGCCCGUACGCCACCUUCCACCUUCUUGGAUUCCGCGAGGAAAUGGACCCCACCAAGGCUAUGCAAUUCCAGACCUUCCCCCACCCUGGUAAUGGACAUUCUGGCACCAUGGGACCACCCGUCGGCCAUCCUACCAACGCCUCUGCUCACAGCCGCUCUGGAUCUCAAUCUAUGCCACGUCAAAACGGUCGCUACUCGCGAGUACCAUCCCAAGGAGGCGGCAGCGGAACCCACAACGUUUUCUCCCCCGAAUACGACGACCCAGCAAACUGUGCACCGGAAGAAGAUCAAUACGGCUCGCAAUACGGACAAUACGGUGCCCCGUACGAUCACUAUGGAUCCCGCGGCUCGGUCGGUCGUCGUAGCGUAGGAUCAGCCCGCAACAUUCCCGUCUCUGGAUCGCCGGAACCGCCACCACCCCCGCCAAGAAACCACGAUCAGAACAAUUCCAGCUUCAACGACAGCAAGGAGAGCAACGAGAUCAGCGAGGCGGAAUGUGAUCGCGAUCAACUCGUGAACCGCAACUACGGCGUGAAUGCUCGCGGCAAGGACGGCAUGACCACCGAGGAGAUGCGUAAACUCAUAGAGAGAAACGAAGCCCCCAGCCGGCAAACCGGCGCCGGCCACGGCGGUCACGGGGGACUCCUCACACCCUACGAUACUGUGGCAGUGUAACCUGUAAAUCAUCUUCCGUGGUCUUCCGUCUCUCUCGUCGCCGGCGGCCCAACAUUCGAGAGAAGCGGAAAGAGUGCGCACGCUAUCUCUCCCCCCGGUGCUGUCGUCGGUCCAAUUUGCAACGAUUUACGAUAAAAAAUUACCAUCGUCGCGAGUAGAUUAGAUUCGGUCCAUUUACAUAAGGUGUACGCUCGUCGAACAAUUUACACGUAGAAUCAGCGUUGCGUUCGACGACGAUCGUUGCCCUCCCCCUACGAAUCGAUCGUUCGCUUCCUCGUCCGCGACCAUAUCGUUUUACACACUUUUUGGCCUUUCUCUAUUUCGAUCUCGCAUUUUUCUCGAUAAUCGUUUCAUCGCUCAUUCGUUGUUUGUUCCAUCCGUCGACAAGGCCAGGUUACGAAACUGCCAAAUUAAUUGACUGCCGUACUUGGACGAAGGGCGGGCGUUUUUGAUCGUCGGAGGCCAACGUAUACCGUCGUCGUUUCGCAAACGAGAGACGUACGAUAUCAAAUCGAUCGAUCUGUCGUUGGCGUUGUGGUGGCGAACACACCCGGCAUGUUCGCGAACGAUUGAUAACGCGACACAGAGAAUCCGGCACGCGACGCGUGCUCUCGGCGACGGUGAAUUUUACACGGGGGUCUUUCGCGAGUUGUCCUAGGUUACGAUUGUCGCUUCCAAGCACCACGAGUCACGGGAAGUAAACACGAGGUAAUACAUUAGUUAUUCGCUUUUUUAAGUCAUGGUUGUGCCACACUGCCGCUCCCCGCAGGCAUAUAAUAUUAUACAUACAUACAUAUAUAAUGAUAUUAUACAUAUAUACAUAUAUAUAUAUAUAUAUAUACAUACGAUUUAUAAUUUCGUAACGAAGGUUGUGUCCCCCCAUUUUCGGUGAUCGACGGGUCUUGAGUCUCGACGUCGCGGAGAGCAAAGUCUUGGAACGCGGUUUGUUGCGAUCGUGUCGCGGAGAGUGCGUCGUCGUAGUCGUCGUAGUUUGUCGUCGUCACCGUAGCAAUAGCAAUGACAACACACGAGGGUCGCAUCGAUGCCGUGGUGGCGUCUGCUGGAAACCUGUUUCGCUGCGCGAGUCGAACGAAAAAUCUCGCGAAACGCCGAUCGACUAUCCGUUGGAAGAACGCGGCACGCUAUAUUAAACAUACAUACACACACACACACACACACACACACACACAUUGGAGAACACGAUCAAACGAAAUCUUAACCGACCAUACCACGAUCACACCGCGAGUGAAAAAGAAAAAAAGAAAAAAAAAAGAAGAAAAGAAAAGAAAAAAGAAACGCAAGCAAGCAAGCACACACCACGCUCGCUGUCGAUUUUUUAAUCGUCCUAUAUAAUAUUUAGUCCGCUGUACACACACAUAUAUCCCGCAAGCUAAUCUCGAUCAAUUAAUGACGUAUGUGAAUUUAAUGAUAAUGCGACGAUGAUAUUAUAACGUGUAAGCAAUUCGAGCAACAAGAACCGAUUUAAACGUAAGUAGAAUUUAAGUCGGACGGAUAUGGUCGCGAGUUGCGCCGUGUCUCUUUCGUUGAACGGUCACGCGUCGAGCUUGGAAAUUGUUGGAACAAAAAAAAGAAAAGAAUUAAAUGAAACAAUCGUCAUAGUUUUAAUAAGAAAUAUAAAACGCGAAAUAUAAUUCGGAUAGAUGGGAAACCUCGCGCUCGACUCGACGCCAGGAUACGGUCACGGCGUUUGUCUCAUAGUUCGUUUUUAUCACAACACUAUUUAGAUAUAUACAAAUAUAUAAAUAUAUAUAUGUAUACAUUGACGUUCAUAUGCAUACGUUGUAAGUAGGUAUGUCUAGGUGUCGCAUUUAUUUGCCGAGGCGAUGCGCGAGUGGUACACCAGUCGCGAGAGUGUCAUGGUCGAAGAUAUGCCCCGUCGUGGACGACGGUGGUAAUGCCGUGGUACUUCGACCGUGAACGACAUUUUCUUAUUUUUUGCGAUCGAGGACUUCCUACCCUCCGCUCGUAUUCGCUGGCUGCGACUCGGCUCGCCGACGCACUUUUACUCAUCGAUGUGAUUUUAAAGGCUGCGCAAAGUCUCGUGUCUCGUGUAUGUGUUACGAUCGCGCUCUACCACAUUAAAUGUAGCCAUAUCCAAGUCACCCUUUUACGAUGUAUAUCACGUUUUACUCACGUAAACGCUCGCGGAGCUUUUCGCUUUUGAAGCUUUUGGAAUUUAACUGCGAUUAAAGAGAAACCGAAAGAUAUUUAACUUAUUCGAAUAUUAACCGUGCGAUCGAUUGCGCGGACGCCCAGGCGCGUCCGUUCAACAAUCGAUAUUAAAUAAGAUGAUAAAAGAAAAAAAUGAAAAUUGAAACGUGAUGUCCGCGGAAUGUCGCUUAGCUUUCUUCUAUUUAUCGAUCCGGGAAUAUUCUCGUUUGUCGUUACGGUUUGUGUGAUCGAUCUGGAAUCGUUUUCCUUCGCAAGGUUUAACGUUACUUUUUGAAGAUGCUGUGAACAAACGGUCGGUGCCGCCGUCCGCGUUAUAUAUUAUACAUAUAUUAUGCUUUAUUCAUUGGAUGAUAUUGGAUGUUCGUUUCGUAUGUACAACAGCAGGGCGGUUCUUCGAGAUAUUCCUUCACCGGGACGCGUGUCGUUUUCUUUUUCGGUUGCAAACAGAGUCGGGUCGUUUUCGUAAUUUGUACACUUGUGUUGCGCUCUGUGCUCGCCUUUAAAUUGGCUGUAAGUUUGUAUUCUCGUACAUACAACGAUACUCGUGUUUGUCCGUGUUCGUAGGGGCUCGAGGAUCCGCUCGC